GUUUACGUGGAUCGCUGGGUCUACGAAAACUUGGAUUUGGUAUUGUUGGAUUUUGUUUUCCUGCAUUCGUGUCAUAGUGUAUCUGAAAGAUUAUCCAUUUGUUCCGAAUGGAAACAAAAGAGACCACGGACUGCCGUUUCUUCACGGCUGGCGAUGUUGUUUUGUGCUGCGAGCCUUUGGUGUGGGUACUUGACAGCAGCGCCUAUGAAACACGUUGUGCCUACUGCCUGCAAAAGAGCCAAGAACUGCGUACCUGUUCAGGAUGCAAACUUCACCGCUACUGCAGCGUCGCGUGCCAGUCUGCUGACUGGAAGCUGGAGCAUAAACUGGAAUGCGUCCUACUGAAGACCGCCACUGGUCGGGAUAUCAUCGCCAAGUUGGCCAACAAGAUCAAGUUAAACGUGAUGAUGGACAUCCCGGGUAUGGGUCGAAAAUCUGCCAAAGACCUGCUAUCCAUGCUGCCAGUCAAUCCCGCACAAUCGGAAAUCAACCGGACUGUAACACCAUCGCACGGUAUGGAGGAGCUGAAAGCCAUCGGUGUACCUGUCACAGAACUCUUGGUCUAUUACGGACUCGUCCGCUACAACGGCGUGCCCAUGCAUGAUGCACUGUGCCACGUCACCGCACCUUUCGGCAUGGCGUUGUAUCCACAGGCACCACUGCCGCGGAUGACGCCCGUGUGCUGGGACGUCAACGUGGUGCUGAACUUCCAAGGGCGGCGACUGCUCAUACAUGCCGUAGAAGACAUUCCACAGUAUACCGGACUUGAGGAUCUGCGAUACAACGACGCCCUGGAUCCAUUCUCUCAAACACGAGAGGAACGUCGCGCUGAUUUCGAGAAGCGCUACGGGUAUCCGUGUGCAUGUCGCCGAUGCACACCUGAAUACGACGCCGAGAUUAACCCAUUACGCUGCGUGACACCGGGGUGCAUGAACCCGAUUCCCAGCGACAGCCGUGCACAUCAGCCCUGCUCCGAAUGCGGGGCCAUCAACAGCGCCCGGCUAGCGCAGUUUAGUCAGUUCAUCCGGCAGCUUCAUCCAAAUUAUUCUAACAUUUGAAAAAAAUGGUGGCAAGCUUGUGUGGUGACAAACGACCUUCAUAGUAAUGUGAGUUUUUUAUGAAAAAUUUGAAGAGCAUCGGUUAAUAAUUAGACUUUUGGUACACCUCCGCGCGU